AGCUGACUGAGACCAUGUCAGCGGUGCGGAUCAGCUCCUCGCUACUGAGGUCCAGGGCUCCUCACCUCGGACAGCUCAGUGUGUUCUCUAGAAGGGCUUUGUUACAACCUCUACAGGUGGUCUCCUCUCUACAGAAGACAUGGACACCUGGGAACCCAACCAGGCUCUGGUGCUGUCGCAGGUCGCUCCAUGUGGACAGUCCCCCCCUGGUCCCGGGGCAGAGCUGCAGCUACGUCCAUGGGGCGUCCUCAGUGUCCCUGCUGGGCCAGACGGUUGGUCAGAGUCUGCAGGCUGCAGCUGACCGCUGGCCCCACAGAGAGGCCCUGGUGUUCCUGCAGGAUGGAGUCCGUAAGACCUUCUCCCAGUUUCAGGAGGACGUUGACCAGGCCGCUGCAGGUCUCCUGGCCCUGGGUCUGAAGAGAGGGGACAGACUAGGAGUCUGGGGGCCCAACACAUACCACUGGAUCCUGUUUCAGUUCGCCACAGCCAAGGCUGGCAUCAUACUGGUGUCAAUAAACCCAGCCUAUCAGCUGAAGGAGCUGGAGUACACCCUGAGGAAGGUGCAGUGUAAAGCCGUGGUGUGUCCCACCCAGUUUAAGACCCAGAGGUUCUGUGACAUGCUGAGACAGAUCUGCCCAGAGAUGGACACAGCAGAGUCAGGGGUCUUUAGGAGCUCCAGGCUACCAGACCUGUGUAUGGUGAUAGUGUCAGACAGCAGACAGACAGGGACUGUACAUGUAGAGGACGUGAUGCAGGCUGGAAGCAGACAGCACCACCAGGAGCUGCAGGACCUGCAGACCAAACUGUCCUUCGACGAUCCCAUCAACAUACAGUUCACGUCCGGAACAACAGGAAGUCCUAAAGGUGCCACCCUUUCCCACCACAACAUCGUCAACAACGCCUAUUUUGUGGGUCUACGUCUGGGAUAUAACUGGAGGCCUAUAAGAGCAUGUGUUCCUGUACCUCUGUACCACUGCAUAGGCUCAGUGAUAGGAGGGAUGUGUAUGGCACUGCAUGGCAUCACCCUGAUCUUCCCCUCUGCUGGGUACGACAGCCGUGCCAACCUGGAGGCCAUUCAGAAUGAAAGGUGCAAUUUCCUCUACGGCACUCCUACCAUGUACAUUGACAUGCUUGGACAGCCUGACCUUCACAAGUACGACCUGUCAUCAGUUGAAUCUGGGUUUACGGGUGGGUCUCUUUGUCCUCCUGAAGUCAUGAGGAAGCUAAAAACUGAUAUGAAUGUCAAGGAUAUGAUAAUAGGCUAUGGGACCACAGAGAACAGCCCUGCGGCGUUCCUUGGUUUCCCGCGAGACAACGAGGAACUGAAGACAGAGACAGUAGGAUGUAUCCUGAACCACACUGAGGCGAAGGUGGUGGAUGUGUCCUCUGGAGAGCUGGUUCCUCUGGGGGAGACAGGAGAGCUGCUGAUCAGAGCUUACUCUGUCAUGCUGGAGUACUGGGACGACCCAGACAAGACCAGGGAGGCGAUCACCAAGGACCGCUGGUACAGGACCGGUGAUAUAGCCAGUCUGGACAGGUUUGGGUACUGCCGUAUAGUGGGACGUAUAAAGGACAUGAUCAUACGUGGAGGAGAGAACAUCUACCCUGCUGAGAUAGAGCAGUUCCUUCACACCCAUCCCAAAGUACAGGAGGCCCAGGUGAUAGGUGUGAGAGAUGAGAGGAUGGGGGAACAGGUGUGUGCCUGUAUCAGACUGAAGGAGGGGCAGGACUGUAGCAGAGAGGAGAUCAGAGACUUCUGCAAGGGACAGAUUUCUCACUUCAAGAUCCCACACUAUGUUGUGUUUGUGGACAGCUAUCCACUGACUGCCUCUGGAAAGAUCCAGAAGAUCAAACUGAGGGAGGAGAUGGAGAAGAAGAUGGGCCUGUGAUGGACAGAGGGACCUAGACAGACUGUGGCCUGUGAUGGACAGAGGGACCUAGAUAGACUGUGUUGGUGUCCAACUGGAGAGAGAUUGGUUGCAAAGGGUCUGUGUCUGUUACAGCAAUAGAUUUUGUAUUUCAAUAAAACUAAGACCAAAAAAUAACAUCUAAGCUCUUUUAUGUUACGGUUCAUGAGUGAUGUGCAACACAAAUAAACUAUUUCAGUACUUA